UCAAAUGAACAUAUAAGUCAAGGCCUUGUAUAAAACUACGCUCAAUACAAUGUUAAAGCAGGAUUUAUUGGACUGCAUUCAUUCGAAAGCUCGCUGGAAUGCGGUCCAUCAAAGCAAGAAGGUCAGCUUUGAGACCAAUCCAAACUUAGAAAGAAAUGUAGACCUUAACCGGGCUGUUCAAGAGCUGCUGUAUUUGCCUGAUUAUAACCUUGCUGAAACACGACCUUCGGAGCUGUUGGGCGAACGCUAUGGUCAAAAACACCCGAUUUUUACAGUGCAGGAUAUAACGGGAAGACAAUUUUGGCCAUUCGUCGCCAGUGAUCUGUGGUUUGAUUGUUCGUCACUCCGCGUCACAGAGGGAAGGCUGUUGAACGCUUUACGCCAAACUUUUAGAGAACUGGAAAAGGCCGGACAUGUUGUAAAAUACACAACCGAUAUCUACGAAAGCGUAUUCACUUCUCGUAACCGAACCUGUUUGAAGACAACGUAUCUCGAAUCACUUCCCAAGGAUUGUCAGAGCAUAAACACUAUUUCUGAUUCAACUAAAAGUGCAGUGGGUGAAGCUAUGGACGAAGAGAUGUCAAAAAUUACGUUUACUUACUAUGGGACCUCAAUUGAUCAAUUAUAUGACGUACUCAAACGCGAGUCACUUUGUGACGUCACAGUAGAAGAAAUACGAAGGCAAAACGUAACCAAAGAAGAACAAGAUAUUGCAAGGCAAUUACCCACUUUGCAAAAACUAUGCAAGAAAAGUAAUAUAUUUUCAAGUUCCCGAAAAGAGCAGAUCAACGACCUGCGUUCAAAUUCAAGGCAAAGGAAUUGGAAUAUUCCCGAACCACAGCGGUAUUUAAAUAAAAGGCCGUGUGCCGUCGGACGUCGUCCUAAUCACCAACUAAAUCAAUUGAUGACGCAACGAAAAGAGGCGAUGACGUCACUAAUGAACCCACUCAACCGUCACCUGCUGAUGGAGAAGAUUCAGAUAAAGAGAAGUCAAAUAGCAAGGAGGAAAACGCUGCACGGGAUGCUCAAUACUGCGUUUCAUAAAUCUACCGACCCGUACGAAAAGUGGUGGUUCCACUCCAAUGACCUGAUGUCCAACGUAAACGUGAAGCAGGUAGACCAAACUGCCUCCAACACUUCGUUCUUCGGUAACAGCUGGAUACUUGACACUGUGACGUCAUCAAACAAUGACGCAGGGGAGGGGAUCUCUUUCACCUCAACCAAAAAAAGAACAUCUGGAGAUAUUCUUGUUGAAAACUUGGCUGCAGUUGAUACUUGGAAGUGCCAAUGCGACAUUUGCACAGGUGCCUUCCUGCAGCUCAACCAAGACUUAUUGGCUAGAUCUAGCCCUGGUGACUUUGUUUUGAGCAUGAGGCAAAGUGGGAAUCGUAGCGGAAAGCCAGCUGUCAACGGUAAAAAAGGAAACCGCCGAAACUCAAAGUGGGCUGGCAAGAACAAGGACCAGCAGGACGAAGGAAAACACAGACCACGCAGUUCAAUAAAACCAAAGUCGUCCAGUGGAAGCGACGGCCUAAGUAAGUCGAGGACGGCAUCAGCUAAAUCAAGAAUCGAUUCAGCAAAUUCGAAACCAACAUCACAAAUAGCAAACAGCAACUCCACAAAGUCGAAAAUUGAUUCCAAUCAUUCAAAGUCAGACUCCAACAAGACGUCAGUUUCGAAAAAGACAGUUGACGAAACGGGAGAUACGCACAAUCGCAAAAGUUCUGCAAAGAAACCCAAGCCUGGCGCAAAAACCAAAAGAGGGCAACAGAAACGUCGAAAUUCCAAAGUUCCGCUCAACAACGACAUCUGGUGGGAAAGUUUAAGCACAUAUGUUACUCCCCACUGGAAAGCAAAGGCAGGCGCAAAAUCACGAAGGAGUGAGGAAAAAUCGGACGACUCUUCACUGAAUGUUGCCAAUACUGACACAAACUCAAUCAAUGUCAACAAACUAAAAAUAAGUUACAGUUUCGAUCGAUUAAGAAGUAAAAAAGAGAAACGAUCAAGUAUAACGUCACAGGAUGAUAACGCCACAACUGAAAUAAAAGUAGUGAUAACACGUGCUGUCUCAAUGAACUCGAAGGCAUUGAACGCUCAUGGAAUUCUUUAUACUUAUGUUCCGGGAGCAUCGAAAGAUUUCAGAAAGCUUCAACUUCCUGCUGAUGUAAGAAAGUCUGGAAUUCCUGGACCAGAGGACCACGUCGGUGAUACUGAACAAGAAAUUCUUGGGACAUACCACGAAAAAGCUCCAAAUACGAAAAAAACUCUGACCGACUCCGAGCACGCGUUAGUCUUUGAAACAACUAUUGUGCCACCCACUUUGCCGGACAACAAACUUGAAAACUCGGACUCGAAGUGUUUUGAAUUUCUGACAUCCCAAAAAUCCUGUGCGUUCAUGGCAGAUCAGAAUGCUUCCCGCCAGGAUGAACAACCCAGCCUCCCUUAUGAAAAUGAACAAUUUUUCGAAACCGCCUUACCGAAGGAAUUUGCAGCCCUAUGCGUCGCCUCCUUGCGGUUGUUUGUGGUCAGGACCGAAACGGUGAUGACGAGCAAUGGUUUCAAGAGAGUUGACAGUCUUACGAUCAACCGAACGCCGCUGUUUACAUACGGAGAGGAUAGUAAACAACAAAAGAAAUAAGAAACCAAGUUGCUACAUUAUGAAAUUUAUUAUAUUACCGAUAAAGGGGCUGAUACAGCGGUUUAACGUCACUUAAAACAAACCACAGCGGUAUACGUGUAGUAAUGGAAAACCAUAACACAUGAGUUAAAGAAAGUGCUAUAU